UGCAAAUUUACUUAAAAUUUACGAAAACAAUAAAACAGAUAAAAUUAGGUAGCAAAUCUUAAGAAUAUCAUUCACUUGUAAUAGGAUUUAAUAAAGUUAAUUUGGCAUGAAGGAACCGUUAGUCUUUUAAUUUUGCACUUAAGUAACAAAGUCAAAAUGGAUCGCGAAAUCAAGGAAAAAAGAAAAAGGAACCAUAGAGACAGGGCUAAUUUUUUAUCCAAGUACACAUUCGCAUUUACUUUAGGCCUUUUCAAGAAAGCCUUAAAAAAAGAUUUGGAUGACGUAAAUUUAUACGAGGUAGCAGAAAGUUGCGAAGCAAAUAAAUUAGGUGACAGACUCGAAGAAGAAUGGAUUAAACAGCACAAACACAACAAAUACGCAUCUAUUUAUAAUCUGCUAUGGGCAAGGUUUGGUGUACAAUACCUUUUGUUGGGACUGCCCUAUUUUGCUUGGGAAAUGUUUCACAGUAUUAUGGAACCUGAAGCCUUGUCGGCAUUCAUUUCGUACUUCUCCAGUUCAACUGAAAACCAAACGACAAAAUCCGAAGCAUUUAAGAACGCAAUGAUUCUAAUUGGUUUUCAAAUUUUUCAUGUUUUCUUCUUUUCAAACUACCAUUUGUUUCUACAAACCUUGGCCAUCCAGAUAAAAACGUCUGUUUGUUCAUUGAUAUACCGGAAAGCUCUUAAAUUGAGUCCGGCAGCUUAUUUAGAUAUUAGUCUGGGAAAUAUUGUUACUUUGGUUACUAAAGAUGCAAAGACGUUUGAGUCCUCAAUUUGGCUCCUGAAUGAGUUGUGGAUUGCUAUUAUACAAACUAUCAUGGUGUGCUUUCUAAUCUAUCUUAAAAUGGGGGUGACUUCAUUAAUAGGACUGGGAGUGUUUUUUAUUGGAUUGCCUUUACAAAUUUAUUGUGGUAAAGUUGUGGGUAGAAUGAGGCUAAAUUUGAAUAAAAAAACCGAUACAAGAUUACAAACAACCCAAGAAGUUCUCUCCGCUAUAAAAACUAUAAAAUUGUAUGUUUGGGAGAAGUUUUUUGAAGACAAGAUUUCAAAAGCAAGAAAGAAUGAAGUAACCAAUAUUCUGAAAAACUUCUACUUAAAAAACUUUAUAGUAAUGACGGGUAUAGUAACUUCAAGAUUAGGUUUUUAUACAUUAAUCAUGGCAUAUAUUUAUAUGGGUAACAUAACCAGCCCUGAGUUGAUUUUCUACGUUUUUAGGCAAUUCCAUACAUUAACCAAUUCAGUUGGUAUUGUUAUACCUUUGGGUCUGAGUCAUAUUGCUGAGUUUAGAGCAGCUCUAUUGAGGAUAAACAGAAUUUUAGUAGCGGAAGAAUUAAAAGAAACUGCUGAUCACGAUGAAAUUGGCAGUAUUGAAAACCCCAAAAUCGAUCUCAGACACGUUUCCGUCCAUAUUAAAGAUUGCGAAGCAAUAAAAAAUGUUACACUCACCAUUGAACCAGGUUUAACUGUCAUCACAGGCAAUUUGGGGUGUGGAAAAAGUUCACUGCUUAAAACCAUAUUACAAGAUUACCCAAAAACUAAAGGAGAUGUCACCGUAAACGGAAGAAUUUCUUAUGCUCCCCAAGAUCCUUGGUUAUUUCCUGCUACCAUUAAACAAAAUAUUCUAUUUGGACAAGAUUAUGAUAUGGAAAGAUACAAUGAAGUUGUCAAGGUGUGCGCUCUAGAGUUCGACUUUGCUCUAUUCGAACAAAGAGAUGAAACAAUUGUAGCAGACAGAGGCUUAAAUUUAAGUAAAGGUCAGCAAGCCAGAAUAAAUUUAGCUAGGGCUGUCUAUAAAGACAGUGAAAUUUAUCUGCUUGACGACAGCCUAACAGCGUUGGAUCCUCAUGUACAAGAGUACAUAUUUAGGGAAUGUAUUCAAGGUUACUUGAAGAAAAAGAAAUGUAUUUGUGUGUUGGUGACGCACAAUCCCAAACAUAUAGAAGCAUCGAAUAAAUUGGUUAUCCUUCAAAAUGGAUCUAUUAAAUCAUGCGGAGAAAGCAAGGAUGUAAUAAAAGAAGAAAUACUCAAAACCAUAGAGAAAUCCUUUGAAACUCCUCAAGCAGUAGAACCACUGAUUGAGAAACCUAUAACUGAAAAAACCAAGUUGUUAGAAGUUGAUGGACCCGUUAAGAAAAAUGUUUUCUACGAGAAAAAAAAGCAGGGUGGAAUCAGUUUGCAAGUUUACAACAAAUACAUACAAUUUGGAGGUGGCAUGUUGAUAUUUAUUGGUAUUUUGUGUAUGUAUACUGGAUCCCAAUUUAUUGAGAGUUAUUCCUCCAAAAUGCUUAGUAAAUGGGUUGAUUUGCAGCAGAACAUGACAAUAUUUAGGAUAACCAAUACCACAAACACCACAGCUUACCUAAAAACUAAAGAGAUAAAUGAUUGGACUCUAAACGUUUAUUCCAUAACCACAAUUUCAUCAACAGGGUUGGAUAUGAUAAAGUUUUACAUCUUUCUACUUUUUGCCACCAGGGCAUCGUUCAGAAUACACAAAAAAAUGAUAUCCAGCAUUGUUGGAUCCACAAUGUCUUUCUUUGACUCCUAUUUCAUCGGAAACAUAUUGAACAGAUUCUCGCAGGAUAUCAAUGUAGUCGAUGAACAUAUGCCAUUUGUUUUCGUACAAUUCGUAAGGAUUUUGUUUAAAGUCGCGGGUUCUGUUUAUCUAAUAACUUCAGUAAGCUUGAAGUUUGCUAUUAUGGUAACAGUUUUAUUUGUCAUAAUGGUUACUUUAAGAUUUAUUUAUAUUCCAGCAGGAAGAAGUCUAAGAAGAUUAGAAGCCGCAAGCCGCAGUCCCAUGAUUGGUCACUUAAAUUCAUCUCUGGAGGGUAUAACGACCAUUAGAGCUUACAAAGCCCAACAUAUACUGAAAGUUGAAUUCGAUAGGCAUCAAGAUAUGUACACAUCUGCACACUAUGUAUCAUUUUGCAUGAAAAAAGGUUUCACCUUUGCUAUGGAAGUGUUUGCAAAAAUAUUCUUCAUCUUUGUCAUCACAAAAUUUUUGUAUUUUGAUAACCAUACAUCCGCUGGAAACGUCGGCCUUGGACUUACAGAGUGUAUGACUCUAUCAUUUUUAGUGCAAAUAGGUUUGACAAAUUGGUCUGAGCUGGAAAGUAUGAUGACAUCUGUCGAAAGACUUCUAGAGUAUACAGACUUACCCAAAGAAUAUAAAGAUGGACAAAGCGUUGCAAAUUGGCCUACUGAUGCUUCCAUUAGUUUCGAAAAGGUAUCACUUACCUACCCCAAUGCCAAUAAAACGGUGUUAAGAAAUAUCAACUUUAGUUUAGCGCCUAGAUCUAAAGUUGGUAUUGUUGGUCGUACUGGUGCUGGUAAAUCCACCAUAAUCGCUACCUUAUUCAGACUUUACAACUUCGAAGGCAGAAUUAUUAUUGAUGGUGUCGAUACCAAGACUUUAUCACUCGACUUCCUUAGAGAUCAUAUAUCUAUCAUUCCUCAGGAUCCCGUACUGUUUUCCGGAACUAUUAGAGAAAAUAUGGAUCCAAAAAAUAGAUACAGCGAUGAGGAAAUUUGGAAAGCUUUGGAAAGUGUUUAUAUGAGGGAUGCCAUAACUGAUUUGGCAUUGAGGGUUAACGAAAAUGAUUCCAGUUUUAGUACAGGUCAAAGACAGUUAAUCUGCAUUGCACGAGCCAUACUAAGAAAAAACAAAAUCGUGGUUUUGGAUGAAGCCACUGCCAAUAUGGACCCAGAAACGGAAAACUUGAUACAAACUACGAUAGAGCAGAAUUUCAACUACUGCGCUGUUUUCAUCAUCGCUCACAGACUGCAGUCUGUGAUGAAUUGUGAUAGAGUCAUUGUAAUGGAUAAAGGGGAGAUAAUCGAAUUCGACGACCCCACCAUUCUGCUCAAAAAUAAAGAGGGUCAAUUUUACAACAUGGUCAAGGAAAUCGGCUUGCUGGAUUCUUUGGAAUAACUACGUCACAAUGAGAUUCGUUAAGCAAUUUAUUGAGUUGUUUUUAACAGAAAAGACAUUUUACAAUGUGUAAUUAGGUAUUUAUUUAAUAAAUUGUUAUUACAAGCAUCAAACUUAAUUUAUGUUAUCUUUCUUUUAAUGGAACUGUCGCAAGGAUUUCAAGGCUGCAAGUUUAUUCUGAGAAAAUUUAAUAAUUUU